AUGUCUCUGGAAGACAAGGGACAGAAAUCAUUCGACGCCUCGGAACCCGCGGAGGAGGCCUAUGUGGCGGAGGUCAUGAGCGAACAUAUUGCAACAGACUUGACCAACGACCCCCAUCGAGGUCUUCGCAUGCGCCAUGUGCAACUCAUCGCCAUCUCCGGGAGUAUCGGCUCCGCCCUAUUUGUAUCUAUCGGUAAUCCUCUCACCUCUGCCGGGCCACUCGGUCUUUUGAUCGGUGUGGCGCUAUGGAGUCUUGUCGUCUGGGCGGCCAGCAACUGUCUCAUCGAAAUGACCACUCUGCUGCCGCUCGAUGGCGGCUUUGUAAAAAUGAGUGGACGAUUUGUGGAUUGGGCCCUCGGUAUGGCUUAUGUCAUCACCCAAUGGGCCCUUAUUUGCUUCGAACUCACAUCUAUCAACGUCAUUGUCGAGUACUGGAAAGACGACCUGAAUCCCGCUAUUCUCAUAUCAGCCUGUCUCGUCCUCUUGUUCUUGAUCAACGUCUGGAGUGUGAGGUGGUUCGGAGAGAUUGAGUUCUACAUCAGUAUCGCCAAGCUCAUCUUGAUCGUCGGCUUGACGCUCUACACUUUCAUCACUAUGGUCGGCGGCAACCCUCUCAAGGAUGUGUAUGGGUUUCGGUUCUGGAAGACACCUGGCCCUUUUGCUGGUGAAGUCAACUUCCGCAAAGUCAUCACUGGGAUCUUUGACUCCAUCAGCUGGGCCACUUUUGCCGUCGUCGGUCCCGAUUAUAUAUCUCUCGUUGGGGGUGAAGUAAAAAAUCCGCGACGUAUCCUUCCCAAGGCUUUUAACAGCACCGUCUAUCGUAUCUUGGGCUUCUAUAUCACUGGCUGUCUGUGCGUCGGCAUUGUGUCUUCUUCCACCGAUCAAAGCUUGCUUGGUGCGAUCUCUGCCGGCGCCCCCGGUGCCGCCAAGAGCCCUUAUGUCAUCUCCAUGAACCGCCUCGGCAUCCCUGUCCUCCCAUCCAUUGUCAACGCCCUCGUCUUGAUCAGUCUGUUUUCCACCGCCAACUCCUUCACAUUCGUCGCCAGCCGAUCCGUCUUCUCUCUCGCCCAACAAGGACAAGCUCCCAAAGUAUUCCUUAGAACCAACAGGCACGGUGUACCGUAUGUCUCUGUGACUGUUACGCUACUCAUUGGAUGUUUGGCAUACUUGUCGGUGUCUUCUGGGACGGCCAAAGUUUUGAACUGGUGGAUCGACUUAGUCACCGCUGCUCAGCUUGUCAGCUGGACAGUGAUCGCAAACCUACCUGCGUUUCCGAUCCGGCCUCAAAGCACAAAAUUUGCUCAACAACGACUUCCUUCCAAUCCGGGGCUACCUGCAGCCUCUGUCGGGCUGGUACCUCCUUGUCUGGUCACCCAUUGUUUUACUCUUCUCAUCAGCGGCUACUACUGCUUCCUUCCCGGAGCUUUCACCGCUGCCGACUUUGUAUUUGCCUACGGCAGUGUCUUCAUCUUCCUCGCCAUCUUUAUCGGAGCCAAGAUCUACGCGUACUAUGUCCGCAAAGACAGGCAGCUUGUCAUCCCUGCCGAUCAGAUCGAUUUCAAGAGCGAUCUCGACCACAUCGAAGAGCUGACGCGGGCUUCCGAGGAGAAGAGACUCGCAAAGUCGCGUGGGGCGGGGGAGAAGGUGUCUGACUUUUUCUUUUAG